AUGGCCGCUUCCGCCCCCACCAAGAAGACCUUCACCAUUGGCACACGCAAGUCUAAGCUUGCCCUGCUGCAAACCGAUUUAGUGCGCGCGGCUCUUCAGAAAACACACCCCGAUUAUGAAUUUAAGACCUUGACCAAGGAGACCGCCGGAGAUCUCAACACUACCAUUGCCCUGAAGGAUUUCGCCUCGAAGAAUCUAUGGACUGAGGAGCUGGAAGAGUUAAUGAUUGGAGGCGAAGUAGACUUCAUCGUCCACUCUCUCAAAGAUGUCCCUACACUUCUGCCCGACACAUGUACCCUGGGAAUGAUGAUGCCGCGUGAAGAUAGCCGAGAUGUCUUCGUUGUGAAGCAAGGACUGCCCUACAAGUCUCUGGCAGAGCUCCCCGCCGGCUCCGUUGUCGGAACAUCUUCUAUUCGCCGUACGGCCCAAUUGGCGCGUAAAUACCCUCAUUUGAAGGUCCAGGAUAUCCGUGGAAACAUCGGGACUCGUCUGUCGAAGUUGGAUGCUGAGGAUAGCCCAUAUACCUGCGCGAUUCUUGCGGCGGCUGGUCUACUGCGCCUGGAUCUGCAAGAUCGCAUCACUCAGUACCUUGACUCGAAGAACAGUGGAAUGCUGUAUGCUGUUGGACAAGGUGCCCUGGGGAUUGAGAUUCGCAAGGAGGAUACCUUACUGAAGGAAAUGUUGACCAAAAUCGGUCACGCUGAGACUACCUUUGCUUGUUUGGCUGAGCGGAGUCUUCUGCGAACUCUUGAAGGAGGCUGCAGUGCCCCUCUGGGUGUUGAGAGUGAGUGGGUAGAGAUUGCGGGGUCAAAGAAGCUGCGCAUGCGGUCUGUGGUCGUUAGCGUCGACGGCCAGCAGUGUGCAGAGGUUGAAGUUGAUGGCGAUGUGGAUUCAGCCGAGAGCGCCGAGGCCUUUGGUGUUACGGUGGCCAAAGCGUUGGUGGAAAAGGGAGCUGGCGCAAUUCUCGAGGAGAUCCAGCGAAACAAGGUUGUUAAGGCAGGUGUUACUGCUUGA